AUGGAGCAAUGGGUGAUGCAAAUGGAAAAGAUCGCGACAGUUAACGCUUCUCUCAUACGCAUCAAUGAACCGGAUCUGGUGCUUUUUGUGGGCGAAGCACUGGUUGGCAACGAGGCCGUUGACCAGCUGGUGAAAUUCAAUCAGGCACUGGCCGAUCACGCUGCCUUGGGCGCAGAAGCGCGGCUUAUCGAUGGCAUUGUACUGACGAAAUUCGACACAAUCGAUGAUAAGGUUGGCGCAGCGAUUUCGAUGGCGUACAUUACCGGUCAGCCGAUUGUUUUUGUGGGUACCGGACAGACUUACAAAGAUCUGAAGAGUUUGAAUGCAGCUGCUGUUGUUCAUUCGCUGCUUAGAUGA